UGUGGGCUCUGAACCCAUCCCUCCAGCCUCACCACUGCACACAGAUGUUAUAUAAGCAAAAGUGCAGCUAUGUAAUGUCUGUGUGACGACUGAGUCUGGCAGAGUCAGUGACAUUCUUUCAAAUACUGGUGGAAACGAUGGCGUCUGUCAUAGAGCUGCUUCUGGAAACACUGAAAGAUUUGAGUCACCAGGAUUUAGAGAGUUUUAAGAGGGUCCUGAGUCAAAUUCUCUCUGACAAAGGCUACCCACACAUCUCACCAAGGUGGCACAUGAUGAGAGACAGGCAGGACAUGGUGUUUUAUUUGGUGCAAGAUCACAGCGAGCACAGACUGCUGGAGAUGACCACUGAGGCUUUUGAGAAGAUGAACAGGACUGAUCUGGUGCAGAGGCUGUCACAAAGCAGCUCAGGACCCAAAAAGAAACACUCAGAGGCACAGCGACCUGCAGUGAUCCAGAAAGUAGCAACAAUGGCAGCUGUUAAACAUCUGCUUUUGGAAACUCUGAAUGAUUUGAAAAACGAGGAUCUAGAGAAAUUCAAGCAGACCCUGGAUUUAAUUGUCUCCAAGAAGAAGCCGAGAUAUUUUUCAUGGAUUUGGAGUCCCUCAGCAGGCAGAGAUCAAACAGUGGAACAGAUGAUGGAGAUCUUCGGCCAACAGUGUGUAGAGAUAACCAUGGAGGGUUUGAAGAACAUUAACAGGACUGAUCUGAGGCAGAGGUUUACAAACUUAGAACUCAAAGAGAUGUACUCUGUGGAUGAACAUCGACCUGCACAGUCCGAGGGAGUGAGUCUGACUUUACACAUCACAGCUUUCAUUCAAUAGAUGCAAGUUGUUAACCAUAUCCAUCUUGAACAUAAACAUUAUGAUGCAAACCAAACCGUUUUUAAGGUUGAUCUCUUCUGUCAAAAUGAUUUUUCUUCCACUGAUGUUCUGAUCAGAUUAGCAGACUGAAGUCUGAACACUCAUAUACA